AUGGCUAACAGCAUCUGGACCUCACCGGAGAUCACGUCACCUGCCACGGUCUGGGAGCAGACCAGGACGCUCAAUUUCGAGGUGACCGAUUACCUGCAGCUCGAUGGCAUGGGUGUCGGCGAGUCCAUUAGUUCGCCCGUCGUCCAAGUCGGCGGCUACCAGUGGAAGAUCAAAUUCUACCCAGACGGGAUCGACGAGGACUGUGACGGCCACGCCUCAGCGCUUGUGCGCUGUUACAGCCAAGACACGGAUCCGAAUGUGACCGCCAAGUUCAAGCUGAGCAUCCUAGAGAAAAGGAGCCAGGUAAAUGUAUCCAGCUUCGAUGCGCCGAUGUGCAUCUUCUCUCCGUGCGAUUUCCCUACAUGGGGCUACCAGAAAUUCGUCGACAAGUCCAAGCUGGAAUCGCUGUCGCAACUCGGGGACGGCUGCUUCACGAUACGGUGUGUCCUCACCGUCGUCACCGACGAGCCACCGUCUCGGGGGCUGUCUCGGGAGCUGCCCAGCCAACUCUCCAGCCAACUCGAGAGCAUGCUCGAGGACGGGAGAGGCGCCGACGUCACGUUCCGCGUGGGCAGCCACAAGUUCCUGGGGCACAGGUGUGUUCUGGCGGCGCGGUCGCCGGUGUUCAGUGCUCAGUUCUAUGGCCCCAUGGCGGAGAAGGACAAGCCGCGCGUCAAGGUCGUCGACGUGGAGCCGGCCAUCUUCCAGAUGAUGCUUCGCUACAUCUAUACAGACUCAAUGCCGCCACCGCCGCCGCCCGCUGAAGGAUACAGCGUCGCGGUGAUGCAGCACUGA